UGUAACUGGGGUGCAUAAGUCCACUCUUUCUAAGCAUCUUUCAAAAGUUAUUGAUGGACUUUAUGAUAAUUGCAGAAAAUUUAUUUUUUUCCCCACAUCACCCAGAGGUUGGCGUGAUGUUAAGAGGGACUUUUUUCUUUUAGGUGGCAUACCCAAUGUCCUUGGGGCCAUUGACUGCACUCAUAUUGCCCUAAGACCCCUGUGCGCAGGGAGAUAAUAUUUAGAAAUAGGAAACACUUCCACUCCUUAAAUGUGCAGAUUAUAUGUGAUGCAAACAUGCGCAUAUUAAAUGUUGUGGCAGGGUUCCCAGGAAGUAGCCAUGAUGCCUACAUCCUCAGGAAUUCUGGUGUGUGGAGAUUGUUUGAGACAAAUCAAAUGCCUGAAGGACAUCUCCUCGCAGAUUCUGCAUAUCCUCUUAAAAAAUGGAUUUGGACACCAUUGAAAGAGAACCAGGUUGUUGGGCCUGCUGAAUUAAGAUAUAAUGAAGCACAUAUCCGAACACGUGCUAUAAUAGAACGACUGUUUGGUGUUCUAAAAAUGCGCUUUCGCUGCCUGGACAGAUCAGGGGGGGAUCUCCAAUUCAGUCCGGAAAAAAGCUAUUAAAAUCAUAGUGGCAUGUUGCUGUCUACACAACAUGGCACAGGAGCAUGGGAUGUUGAACGACUUACUUCCAACACCACAGCCCCCAGGUGAAAUCUUUGAGCCUGAUGUAAUUAAUCAUCCCCAACCCCUCAAUGCCCAUUUGGAGAGAUCUGCAACUAUUCAAGAAUUCUUUUCAGAUUGAAGAUUCUCAGAAAUGGAAUACCACUCCCCUCCCUCUCUCCUCAUCCCUAUAUUUACCACAUUUUCCCUAAAUAAAUGUAUACUUUACUCAAA